GCAAAGCAGCUAGCAUUUCUUUUCCGUCCUUCCAAUUCAUUCUCACUUCAUUCCUCUUUCGAUCGCCAAUGGGGAUGGCCUGAUCACGGAGGAGGGCAUCCGAUGACCAGACCUUACCACCAUACACGUCGCUCCCUCCGCACGCAGUAUACUGUAUCAAUCGAAAGCUAAGUUCCAAAUAUUUGCACAAUCUUCGGCCAUCUCUCGGUGAAGUGAAAAUCGAAACCAAAGAAAGCCUCUGCUUCUCCUCUCUAAUCUCUGCUGCUUGUGAUUCGAUUGAGAAGAGUAUCUGACCCCUUGAAUCUGAUUUAAGAAAUGACGAAAGUCAGAGAUAGAACUGAGGAUUUUAAAGAUGCUGCGAGGCGAGCGGCAUUGAAUUUGGGAUAUAACGAGUCCAAAACCGCAGCCAUAAUGGCAUCUUUUAUCAUGCAUAAAAGUUGGGAAAGAUCAGCUUUUACCAAGGCAGCAUUCACGACGCUUGAAAGCAUUGGAGCUCUAGAGCAGUUCCUCCAGAAGCAUAAGAAGGAUUAUGUAGAUCACCACCGUACUACUGAACAAGAGAGAGAUAGCAUUGAGCAUGAGGUUACAGUCUUCAUUAAAUCAUGCAAAGAACAAAUAGAUGUUCUGAAAAAUAGCAUAAACGACGAGGAAGCAAAUUCAAAGGGAUGGCUUGGUAUAAGGAGUGACAAAAUGAAUGCUGAUACUAUAGCACACAAACAUGGAGUGGUAUUGAUUCUAAGUGAAAAGCUUCAUUCCGUAACAUCACAAUUUGAUCAGCUUAGAGCUCUACGCUUCCAAGAUGCUAUCAACCGGGUGACACCAAGAAGAAAACUGAAGCGGGACGUCACUACUGAUGUUGUAGACAGCUCGACUUCUGGAAAUGUAGAGCCUAGAGAAGUAAAGGAUUUGGAAGUCAGGCAGACAGAUGAUAUUCAAGCUGAACCAGUUAGAUUCCAGCAACAACUGUUAGAUGAUGAGACACGUGCCCUCCAGGUAGAGUUGGCCAGCAUGUUGGAUGCUGUUCAAGAAACGGAAACAAAGAUGGUGGAAAUGUCUGCACUUAACCACCUGAUGUCAACUCAUGUUUUGCAACAGGCCCAACAGAUAGAGUACUUGUAUGAGCAGGCAGUGGAAGCAACCAAGAAUGUGGAGCUGGGUAACAAAGAGUUAUCACAAGCGAUUCAACGGAAUAGCAGUAGCAGGACUUUUCUUUUGCUUUUUCUGUUUGUUCUUACCUUUUCAGUUCUGUUUCUUGAUUGGUAUAAUUAACUGGGAAGUUGAAUUGUACAUAUUCCACUCUAUCAACUGGGAUACAUCGGCCCAUCUUUCCAAAAAAGAAAAGAAUUUAGAAGCAAGUGCAUAUUUGCUGGUGCCA